CACAGAAUAUGAGCCUAACAUAUCAGGAAUACUUCGGAGUAACGUUAUUGCAAGGCAGCAGAAAACAAGAAUAAAGCGACCUGUCUUCGACUCGUGGACGAUACACUUUUCAGUGCGCUUCUACUCAUAGCCGCCGAUACCCGCAUUAUUGCGCGUUUGUAUUCAGCAUCUGCCGGUGGCUUUAUCGACAAAUGAAUAGUGUCUACCAAGAGGGAAUUUUCCACCAGAAUACAAGUCGUUCCUAUCCAUACGAUAGUGCUCAAACCCUCGUUGUUGAACCAACCCUUAGAUUUUACUCUCAGACCGCAUCGCCGGAAGGCGUCGUGGGGCGAUCUAAAAAGCCCUGGGCAGCGGCCGGCUCGCUCGCCGCAGCUGAGAUCCCCGCUACGGACUCUCAUUGGACUGGCCUCGAUGACCGGUCAUCUCCAGACUUUCUGGAAUAG